AUGGGACCUGUUUACCCUCAACUUACACUCUCAAAUAAUCUGUCUCUCUUAAUUUGUGUUCUUUCUUUCUUAUUUAUUUUUUUCUCUGACCUUGAGUUGUUUGUUUGUUUCUUUCUUUUAUUCAUAUUCUUUCUUUCUUUCGUUUAUUCGUUUUCUUUCUUUCUUUCUUUCUUUCAUAUUCUUUCUUUCUUUUAUUCGUUUUCUUUCUGUCUUCCUUUUAUUCAUAUUCUUUCUUUCUUUCUUUUAUUUGUUUUCUUUCUUUUUUUAUUUUAUUCGUCUUCUUUCUUUUUUCCUUUUAUUAAUAUUCUUUCUUUCUUUCUUUCUUUUAUUCGUUUUCUUUCUUCAUUUUAUUCAUAUUCUUUCUUUCUUCCUUUUAUGCAUAUUCUUUCUUUCUUUCUUUUAUUUGUUUUCUUUCUUUUUUUAUUUUAUUCGUCUUCUUUCUUUUUUCCUUUUAUUAAUAUUCUUUCUUUCUUUCUUUUAUUCGUUUUCUUUCUUCCUUUUAUUCAUAUUCUUUCUGUCUUCCUUUUAUGCAUAUUCUUUCUUUCUUUCUUUUAUUUGUUUUCUUUCUUUUUUUAUUUUAUUCGUCUUCUUUCUUUUUUCCUUUUAUUAAUAUUCUUUCUUUCUUUCUUUCUUUCUUUUAUUCGUUUUCUUUCUUUCUUCCUUUUAUUCAUAUUCUUUCUCUCUUUCUUUUAUUCUUCUUUCUUUUAUUUAUUUUCUUUCUUUUACUCUGUUUUUCUUUUUCUUUCUUUUAUCCGUAUUCUUUUUUUUCCGUAUGCUUUUUUCUUUCUUUUUUAUAUGCCUUUUUUUCGUGUUUUUUUUUCUUUCAAAAUAUUCGACUUUUUUUAUCUCUCUCUCUCUCUCUCUCUGUUUUUCCAAUUCUAUCCUUCUUCCUCCCACUUUACUUUGAUGGAUCUUCUCUUUCCCAAGUUCUUACUAUUACUCGGUAUCCCCCUCUCACCCUAUAUCCAUAUACAUUUCCGCCCCUCUCUCAUUUUAAUCAUUUUAUCCCUUGACCCUUUCCCCCCUGGCAAUGAGAGAGCCUCCUUUCUCUUCGAAUUCAUUUACUUGCUCGUCCCCCUCUCAAUCUCUCGAUGUCUCUCUCUGUCAUACUCUUCGGAUCAAUUAUUUACGAUAUUAAUCACGUCUUUAAAUCAUUUCUUUUUCCUAAUUUUCUUUCUUUUUUUUUCCUUAUUCUUUCUUUCUUUCGUUCCUUUUCCAUUCUUCGUUUCUUUUUCCUCAAAUUUUAGGUUUUUCUUUCUUUUUUUUUCCGAGUCCUUUCAGCCUUAUCUCUUUCUUUCUUUCUUUCUUUCUUUCUUUCUUUCUUUCUUUCUUUCUUUCUUAGUUUGUUUUCCUUUCUUUCUUUUUUUUUUCUUUCUUUCUUUCUUUCUUUCUUUCUUUUUUCUUUCUUUCUUUCUUUCUUUCAUUCUUUCUUUCUUAGACUUUAGGUCUUAUUUUCUUUCUUUAUUAGCCUUUAAGUCUGUCUAUCUUUCUUUUUUCUUAGCCGUUAGGCCUCUUUUCUUUCUUUCUUUCUCUUUUAGUCUUUCCUCCUUUCUUAACAUUGUGGUUUGUUUUUCUUUCUUAAUCUUCAGGUCUGUCUUUCUUUCUUUCUUUCUUUCUUUUUUUCUUUCUUUCUUUCUUUGCUUUUUUUUCUUAUGCUUUCUUUCUUUUUUCUUUUUGCGUUUAGGCCUUUUUCUUUCUUUCUUAGUCAUGAUGGUUGACUCUCUUUCAAAGCCUAUGUCUGUCUGUCUUUCUUAUCCUUUUGGUCUUUCUUUCUUUCUUUCUUUCUUUCUUUCUUUCUUUGCCUUUAGGCAUUUUUUUCUUUCUUUUUUAGUCCUUAGGACGUUCUUUAUUUCUUUACCUUUAGGUCUUUCUGUCUCUCUUAGCCUUUCGAUCUUUCUUUCAUGUAUGCAGUUUAUCUUUUUUAUUUUCUUCCAUCUUUGUUACUUUAUUUCCUUUUUCCUCAUCCAUCAGUUCGUUCCUUUUUCUUUCCAUUUAUCUAUUUAUUUCGUUUCCUUUCUCUUUCUAAAUAUAUCUUACCGUCUCCUUUCUUCUUUUGCUUCUCUUUUUCUACUUCCUCCCAAUUUCUUACUGUCAUAUGAUGCACAUUUUUUUUCCUUCUUUAAUUUUUCUUUUUCCUACUCUUUUUAUUUCACCUUUAUUUCUCUAUUUUCCCCCCUCCUCAUCUUUCUUUUCUUAUUUGCUCCUUUUUCCUUUCUCUGUCCGUUCCUCAUAUUUUUUUUUUUAUUUUUUUUAUCUCUCAUUAUUGCAUGA